AGAGGCGCCGAGGCAGCUGUGCCAAAUCCAGAGAUGCAGUGGUGGGUGGUGGGCGCCGGGCUGUCGCUGCUGCUGCUGCAGCUGCAGCUGCAGCUGGUGCUUGGAGCCGUGCGGCCUCUGCGCCGCACCAGCUCUCCGCGCCGCACGGGCCCUCCGCGCCGCUACACCGCGGACUGGUCGAGUCUGGACUCCCGGCCGCUGCCGGCCUGGUUCGACGAGGCCAAAUUCGGAGUGUUCGUGCACUGGGGCGUGUUCUCGGUGCCGGCCUGGGGCAGCGAGUGGUUCUGGUGGCACUGGGAGGGCGAGAAGUUGCCACAGUAUCAGUUUUUCAUGAAGGAGAACUACCCGCCCAAUUUCAGCUACGGCGACUUCGGGCCGAGGUUCACGGCGCGCUUCUUCCACCCGGACAGCUGGGCCGACCUGUUCGAGGCCGCCGGGGCCAAGUAUGUAGUCCUGACAACAAAGCAUCACGAAGGCUUCACAAACUGGCCGAGUCCUGUGUCUUGGAACUGGAACUCCAUGGAUGUGGGGCCCCAUCGUGAUUUGGUUGGUGAGUUGGGAACAGCCAUCCGGAAGAGGAACAUACGCUAUGGUCUCUAUCACUCGCUCUUAGAAUGGUUCCAUCCUCUCUACCUACGUGAUAAGAAAAAUGGCUUCAAAACACAGCAUUUUGUCCGUGCAAAAACAAUGCCGGAGCUAUAUGACCUUGUUAACAGGUACAAACCUGACUUGAUUUGGUCUGAUGGAGAGUGGGAAUGUCCCGAUACUUACUGGAACUCUACAAAUUUUCUUGCUUGGCUCUACAAUGAUAGCCCAGUUAAGGAUGUGGUUGUGGUAAAUGACCGGUGGGGUCAGAACUGUUCCUGUCACCAUGGAGGAUACUACAACUGUCAAGAUAAAUUCAAGCCAGAGACCUUGCCGGAUCACAAGUGGGAGAUGUGCACCUCCAUAGACAAGAUGUCCUGGGGCUAUCGUCGUGACAUGGUGAUGGCUCACAUUGCAAGUGAAUCUGAAAUCAUUUCGGAACUGAUUCAGACAGUAAGUUUGGGAGGCAACUAUCUUCUCAACAUUGGACCAACUAAAGAUGGACUGAUUGUCCCCAUCUUCCAAGAAAGGCUUCUUGCUGUUGGGAAGUGGCUGAGCAUCAAUGGGGAGGCUAUCUAUGCCUCCAAACCGUGGAGGGUACAAUCUGAAAAGAACACGACCUCUGUGUGGUAUACCUCAAAAGGAUCAGCUGUUUAUGCCAUUUUCCUGCACUGGCCAGAAGAUGGAAUCUUAAACCUUGAAUCCCCUGUAACUACUUCAACUACAGAGGUAACAAUGCUGGGCAUCCAAAGCUAUCUGAAGUGGUCCCCAAAUCCAGGUAAAGGUCUCCUCGUGUACCUGCCCCAGUUGCCACCCCCUGCUCUUCCAACUGAGUUUGCUUGGACUAUAAAGCUGACAGGGGUGGAGUGAUCACUGGAAUUCAAGAAGAAAGGAACAUGGCCUACACUUUGGUUUUGCUCGUAUUGUAUUCCAUCACUGUGACAAACUACUCCACUCAGACAUCUCUUUUCCAACACAUUUUAAUAAAAGGAAUGGAUUAUGUUACACUGAUGUCUCACAAGAUCAAAGAUCUGAGAUCCAUUGCUAGCAUCUCUGAUCAGCAGAAGAGACUGAACAGUUAAGCCCGUCCAUUCCUAACUUUGGGAAUUAUCUACGAUGGAAACUUCAUUCCAUUCUGUGUUUCAUAACCUGCUUGCUUAUUCAAAUGACUUCAGAUCAAGAAUAAGCCAAGUCAUCCCGUUGCCUAUGGGAGGAGCUGAAAAGGAUUUGGCAGAAACUACGACAUGCUAUUUAUUUAGCAUCAAAUGUCACCAAUUACCCCCACCUACCUGCAGGAGCAGGAGAUUCUGGAGGGGAAGGAAAAUGCUUCCUAGGCUGCUAAUAGUCAGCUUUUUAGAAGUUUCCAAAGCAAACUAAGAGCUCUGAAGUUCAGUUUGUUUACAGUGAUACUGUGAAGAAAAUGAAUGUGAUUCUGCCCUGUUUUCUUUAGUACAAUCAAAUGAAUAAAUUCAUACAUCAAAUUAUUUUCUAC